UAUCUUCCACCUCUCUCUCUCUAUCUCGGCUUCUCCAUUACUCGCCGCGUGCAAUGGGGAGGUAAGUGGUAGCGCAGGCGCAGGCAGCCAGUGGAGUGGGCGAGUGCUGCGGCGGCGGGAAGUGUGGAAUUGUUUCGGUACGGUGGUGGCUGGUGUCCAUGCGGCUGUGGCUGGGGCCGUGAGAUCCGCAGCUGCUGCAGCAAUGUCGCGGGCGCUGUACCGGGGGGCGUCGGGGGUCGGAGGCAAGCCGGCGGCUGCGUACGACGCGGCUGACGAGGCGCGGUACGACCCCAAGGAGCCCAGCGAGAACGGCAUUGGCGGUGGCGGGCGGGGGAGGAAGCGGCACCUCGCGGCGGCGGCUGUUAAGAUCGGGGUCCUCGUGCUCGCGGCGGCCGCGCUCGUGGGGUCGGUGGUGUGGGCGGGGUCGCUGUACGCGGGGCGAGGGGCUGCCGCGGCUGCGGCCGCGGCCGCCGCGAGCCGUGGGUACCGCCGGCUUCAGGAGCAGCUGGUCACCGACCUGCUCGACAUCGGCGAGCUCGCCGGCGGCGGCGUACGCGCGCGGGAGGCGGAGGUGUGCGUGCCCGAGUACGAGAACUACGUGCCGUGCUACUACAACGUGUCGGACGCCGUCGACGUAGCGGAUCUGGGCGGUGGCGUCGUGAUAAGCUACGAGCGGCAGUGCACGCGGGAGGGCAAAGUCGCGUGUCUCGUCGCGCCGCCACGGACCUACCGGAUCCCCGUGAGGUGGCCGAGUGGAAAGGGGUUCAUCUGGAAGGACAACGUGCGGAUUAGCGGGCAGGAGUUCUCGUCGGGGAGCCUGUUCAAGAGGAUGAUGGUGGAGGAGGAUCAGAUCUCAUUCCCAUCGGACGCACACAUGGCUGACGGUGUGGAAGAUUACUCGCAUCAGAUUGCAGAGAUGAUUGGGCUGCGAAAUGAGUUCAAUUUCAAUGAGGCUGGAGUUAGGACAGUUCUUGAUAUAGAAUGUGGAUUUGGUACGUUGGGAGCACACCUUUUUCAAAGAGAUCUCUUGACCAUGUGCAUUGCUAACUAUGAGGCAUCAGGCAGUCAAGUGCAAAUAACACUAGAGAGAGGAAUCCCUGCGAUGAUUGGUUCAUUUCCAUUGAAGCAGCUCCCAUAUCCCUACCUUUCUUUUGAUAUGGUGCACUGUGCAAAAUGCAAUGUUGAAUGGGACAAAAAUGAUGGUGGUUUCUUGGUUGAAGUGGAUAGAUUGUUAAGGCCCAGUGGAUACUUUGUAUGGACAUCAAGUCUGAAUACACACAGGGCCUUGCGUGACAAAGAAAAUCAAAAAAAAUGGAGAACCAUUCGUGAUAUCGCUGAUAGCCUUUGUUGGGAGAUGUUGUCACAACAAGAUGAGACAAUUGUGUGGAAAAAGACAAAUAAAUUGGAUUGUUACACUUCAAGGAAAUCAGGCCCUGUGCUUUGUAGUCAUGAUCCAGAAUCACCAUAUUACCAACCACUAAAUCCAUGCAUAGCAGGAACAAGAAGUCAGCGGUGGAUCCCCAUUGAACAUCGCACUACAUGGCCUUCUCAGUCUAGGUUGAACUCCACAGAACUUGAUAUACACGGUGUGCAUUCAGAAGACUUUGCUGAGAAUACUGCAAACUGGGACUCCAUGGUGCGAAACUACUGGUCUUUGCUGUCUCCUCUUAUAUUUUCUGAUCAUCCAAAGAGGCCCGGUGAUGAGGACCCACAACCACCAUUUAAUAUGCUAAGGAAUGUUCUAGACAUGAAUGCUCACUUCGGUGGAUUUAAUGCUGCUUUACUUAAGGCUGGAAAAUCUGUAUGGGUGAUGAAUGUUGUUCCUACAAACGCUCCUAACCAUCUGCCACUAAUUUUUGAUCGUGGUUUUAUCGGGGUUCAACAUGACUGGUGUGAAGCAUUUCCGACUUAUCCAAGAACAUAUGAUAUGGUCCAUGCUGAUGGAUUGCUAUCACUUGAGAAGCGCCAAAAGCAUAGAUGUUCUACUCUCGAUAUAUUCUUGGAAGUUGAUCGCAUCCUACGUCCAGAGGGUUGGGUUAUAAUCAGGGACACAGCUCCUCUUAUUGAAGCUGCAAGAUCUGUUGUAACACAACUCAGGUGGGAUGCCCGCAUUUUGGAUCUCGACAUAGCUAGUGAUGAAAAGCUACUGAUCUGUCAGAAGCCCUUUAUUAGAAAACAAUGAGCGGGACACUGACACGUGAUAUGAACUUAUUCUUUACCACCUACACACUGUUAUGACUAUUGUCCAACGACAUUUGAGAACAGAAUUCAGUUUCAAUACUAGAGGCAUGGUCAGCUAACUCGUCAUGCAUCGUCAUGGAACCGCAAGGUUCCAUUGGACUGAUCGGGCAAGUGCAUGCUGCAGAGAGGCCUGGUGGCUAAGCUUUCCAGGCUGAGGUUUUACUGCCAGGGUACAGAGAUGAAACCAUCAAAGUUAUUUGAGUAGCAAAAAGACUAUAUGCAAUAAAGGGAUGAUGCUGCGGUGUACAUAAUCGCGGCCAAUGUGCCAUAUAGGUAUAAUUCAUUUUUCCCCCACACAUUCUUCUUUUGUAACUGUACUCAAAUGUUUUGUAUACCUAGUCUGUAAAUUCGUUGGUAUCUAUACUGGUCAUUCCCGUGAAAUCAAGAUAAGUUAUUUCUCGAGAUGAAUGAUAAACAAAAAGAAAAGUAUAUUCCUCCCAGAGUUCUUCCAAUUGGAUGUUCGGAUGUUCCCACAUCC